GACGACAGCACAGAGAGAAAAGACCGGGCGACCCCGGUCCAUCUCCAUCACCGCUCAGCAGCGCGGAUGAAAAACCGGUCACCUUCAGGGCAGCGUCACGGGAAAAGACCCCGUGUCCCCGCCGCCUCCACCUCACCGCAAGGCGGAAUGGAGGACAGAACACCGUCGAAUCCGCGGGAACUUACCCAAAAUCCGCUGAAGAAGAUCUGGAUGCCGUGUAAAAAUGGCCUUCCUGAGAAACACAUCCCUCAAAGAAAGGUAUGUAUGACCAACUGCCCCACACUGAUUGUGACAGUGGGCCUUCCUGCCAGGGGCAAGACCUAUAUCUCCAAGAAGCUGACCCGCUAUCUUAACUGGAUCGGAGUGCCCACCAGAGAGUUCAAUGUUGGGCAGUACAGGAGAGAGUUUGUGAAGAUCUACAAGUCGUUUGAGUUCUUCCGUCCAGACAACGAAGAGGGGUUAAAGAUCAGACGACAGUGUGCUUCAGCAGCGUUAAACGAUGUGCGGCAGUAUCUCACUGAAGAAGGAGGCCAAGUUGCGGUUUUUGAUGCGACAAACACGACCAGAGAAAGAAGGGAAACCAUCAUCCAGUUUGCAGAGCAGAACGGCUUUAAGGUGUUCUUCGUGGAGUCUGUGUGUGAAGAUCCAGAUGUCAUACAGGAGAAUAUAGUGCAAGUGAAGCUGGGCAGCCCCGACUACACCAACUGUGACACAGACGAAGCAGUGGAAGAUUUCAUGAAGAGGAUCAAGUGUUAUGAAAACUCAUACGAGACGCUGGAUGAAGUCCUGGACAGGGAUCUCUCCUACAUCAAAAUCAUGGACGUGGGUCAACGGUACUUGGUCAACAGGGUGCUGGACCACAUCCAGAGCCGGAUCGUCUACUACCUCAUGAACAUUCACAUCACGCCUCGCUCCAUCUACCUGUGCCGCCAUGGCGAGAGCGAGCUCAACGUCAAUGGUCGAAUCGGAGGGGACUCGGGCCUCACGCCAAGAGGAAAGGAGUUUGGGAAGAAGCUGAGCCAGUUCAUCCAGACGCAGGGCAUCAGCGACCUGAAGGUGUGGACCAGUCAGAUGAAGAGAACCAUCCAGACUGCCGAGGCUCUCAAUGUGCCCUAUGAGCAGUGGAAGGUCCUGAACGAGAUUGAUGCAGGCGUUUGUGAGGAGAUGAUGUACGAGGAGAUCCAGGAGCACUUUCCCCUGGAGUUUGCUCUGAGGGACCAAGACAAAUACCGCUAUCGCUACCCGAAAGGAGAGUCCUAUGAGGACCUGGUGCAGCGGUUGGAGCCUGCCAUCAUGGAGCUGGAACGGCAAGAGAACGUCCUGGUCAUCUGUCACCAGGCCGUCAUGCGCUGCCUGUUGGCCUAUUUCCUGGACAAGACAGCAGAAGAGCUGCCGUACCUGAAGUGCCCUCUGCACACUGUGCUGAAGCUUACGCCAGUAGCCUACGGCUGUAAGGUGGAGUCCAUCAGCUUAAAUGUGGAUGCAGUCAACACGCACCGAGAAAGACCGGAGAACGUAGACGUGUCGAGGAUGUCACAGGAGGCUUUGCUAACAGUGCCAGCUCACCAAUGAGGCUGUACACCUCUCCCCUUUUACCCUCCUUUACGCACACUGUACCCUUCAGACGCACAUUGUACCUGCCAAACGCAGCAACCUCUGGUCUCUUUGAAUUACUCUUCACUGUUUUUCCUCUACUCAUGUUUUGAGACGUGGUGAUGGUGGUAAUUGACUGGAAUCCAGUUUCUAAUUUUGAUUAUUAAUCCCAUGACCCGGAUCUUGUGUCGUGCACAUUCUCCCAUUUUUGGAGAGUAAAGGAAAAGCCGAUGGUUGUUGUGUGUGUUUUUUUUUUUGUUUUUUUUUGGGUGUGAUGAUGUAAUUCCAAAUGAAGAAAUGAAGCUAAACUUUUUAUAGAUGACGCAGUGAUUACGUGUAGUUUGUUUUCUUAUUGAUCUUGUCACUUGAACUGAUUUUAACAAUGUUGACUUUGAGCAGCGUCUCACCACUUUAUAUUUCUGUUGGUAGAACAGGUAGACACACUCAGUCUCAUCUUAGUUUCAGAGCAUGGCACAGCACAAAACAAGUUUGUGCUUUUAUAUUUUGCACAUAAAAAUCAACUCUUGUUUAUUUCUUUAUUAAAUGUCCUCUAUUACAGUUUGUCUCUAAUUUUAGGAUGUCUAGCACUGUCUAAUGAAGAGCCUGGAGGUACAGACAUACUUUGUUCAACAAUGUGAAGGUUUUUGCAGUUUAUUCAUAUCAUUGAUAAGAAUUAAGAGGAAGAUCGUUCUGUUUAAUGUUUCUAAAUAAACUCCACUCAACCGUUUCAUGUA